AUGGUGCGCUCCCACUUGGAGACCAUCAACGCCCGCUUUCGAUCAGCCGCAAAUUCAGGCACCCUGAAGCCAAGAGGAGUCUUCAAUAACAGAGACAAUCAGUUCAUCAGGGACAUCAAAGAUUUCUACAAGAACUUGAAGAAGCGUGUCAAGGCCCAUUCGGACAAGGUUGAUGAUUAUGAGUCGCCUCCGGACGAUUCGCCUGAUGAACAAGACCAGAAAAGCGACGCCACGGCUGACAAGGAGGAUCAAACUGUUGUCCGUGGUUGCUCCAUUGAUCCUGGCAACAAGGACUACCAGCGUCAGAAGGCCCGCGAAUACUUCAAUGGCCUCAUGUCGAGGGAUCCUUCCGCCUCUGAGCCCAUCCUGAAAGUUGCUCGGGAUGUUCUUCAGGAAAGACCGCUUCCUCCUCCUUCUCAAUCGACCCUCAAUCUUGACCCCAUCCGAAUGGAGAAACUCCGUCAUCUCCAUCUUCUCAACUCAGUCCGGCAUGCCAACGAGAUGGUCUCACCCAAGCGCCCAGCCGCUGCCGUCCAGCAUCCUCGCCCGGUACCUCGCCCAGUAGUACCCAAAAAAGUCAUGCCUCCCGCGAACAGUCGCGCCGCGAUAACUAGCUUCAGCUGGCAGUCUCGGUUCCUCGAGAUGGACUCGAUGCCGGGGGGACCGAGCCAGGUAGUCAUUGUGCCCGUUCAUUGCGCAAAGGAUCGGCCGGAGCAACAACAGAGAGGUGGACAACGCAAGUGA